GAGGCCGGGGAGCGAGGAAGUGCACACUGCUCGCGGGGGAGUCCGUGCUUAUUUGUCGACAGGUGUUGCAUACACAACACCGCAACAAUGCCAGUAUUCCAUACUAAGACAAUUGAGGGUAUCCUCGAGCCCGUUGCUCAGCAGGUUUCUCGUCUGGUGAUCUUGCACGAAGAGGCAGAAGAUGGCAACGCGAUGCCAGACUUGGAGAAGCCGGUCAUGGCUGUCUCUAAAGCUGUCGUCAACCUCGUCAAGGUUGGAAGAGAGACCAUAAAUAGCAGUGAUGACCCAAUUUUGAAACAAGAUAUGCCAGCAGCCUUGAACCGAGUCGAAAGUGCAGCCAAAUUAUUGGAAGAAGCCUCUUCACUACUGAAGGCAGACCCAUAUUCACAACCAGCAAGAAAAAAACUAAUUGAAGGAGCAAGAGGUAUUUUGCAAGGAACAUCUGCAUUGCUGCUGUGUUUUGAUGAAUCAGAAGUUCGCAAAAUUAUACGAGAAUGUAAAAAAGUUCUUGACUAUCUAGCUGUAGCUGAAGUUAUUGAAACUAUGGAAGAUUUGGUACAGUUUGUUAAGGACUUAUCUCCUUGCCUGACAAGAGUUUCUCGUGAUGUGGAUGGACGUCAGCAGGAGCUGACACACCAAGUCCAUCGUGAAAUCCUAAUGCGCUGUUUAGAAGGCGUGAAGACUCUCUCUCCCAUCCUCAUAUGCUCAAUGAAAAUUUUCAUUCAAAUUUUCCAUCAAGGAGGGAAAGGUAUAGAGGAAGCUGCUGAAAAUAGAAAUUAUUUAGCUGGGAGGAUGACUGAUGAGAUCAAUGAAAUAAUUCGUGUGCUGCAACUAACAACAUAUGAUGAAGAAGAAUGGGAUGCAGAUAAUUUGACUGUUAUGAAGAAAGCCCUCAAUGCCAUUGAUGGCAAAGCUCAAGCAGCACAUGAUUGGCUUUUAGAUCCAACAGCUUUAAGGGGUGGCAUUGGUGAGAAAUCACUACGGCAAAUAUUGGCACAGGCAGACAAAGUUGCUGAUCGCUCUUUACCCCCUGAUCGUGAUGCAAUAAAGAAAUUGUCAGGAGAUAUAUCCUCCAUGACUGAUGCACUUUGUGAAUUGAGGCAAGAUGGGAAAGGAACAACACCACAGGGACAGAGUUUAGCACGAAGCAUUGGAGAGAAACUGAAUGAAUUGAGUGGUGCUAUUUCAAGAGCUGUAAGCAAUGUGGAACGCAGUGGUGUUCAGCAGCCAGCCCAUACCGUUGCUGGACGACUGGAGCAGGCACAGCGUUGGCUUAAUAAUCCUUCAUUGGAUGAUAAAGGAUUGGGACAACAAGCGAUUGGUCUUAUUGUGGAGGAAGGCAAGAGGGUUGCAGCAGGACUGACUGGCCCAGCACAGGCAGACAUCCUUGCACUGUGUGAUGAAGUUGAUGGCCUCUCUCAACAACUAUCAGAGAUGUGUAGACGUGGACAAGGAGACAGUCCUCAAGCACAAGCCAUUGCCAGGGCUCUUUCUACAAAGCUGCAGGAAAUGAAACAUAAGAUUCAAACAGCUGUUGUAGACCGUGUUGUUGAAGAUUUUGUUGACAUCACAACCCCCCUAAAGCAGUUCACUGACUCUGUUCUUGCACCAGAAGGGACUCCUGGUCGAGAACAAGCCUUUGACAACAGAGCUGCUAACCUGGCAAAUUUCAGCAAUAGAGCAGCCAAAACAGCCCUAAUGGUUGCUGCAGGUAGUUCUGGUGGAAAUAAGAAAUUGACAGAAGCUCUUUUAGCAUCAUCUGGGCAAGUGGAAAGCUUGACCCCUCAGUUGGUUGCAGCAGGACGUAUUCGCAUGACAUAUCCCACAAACAAGGCAGCAGAUGAACAUUUUGAGAAUCUGCGUAGACAGUAUGCAGAGAGUAUCCAAAAAGUGAGAGACCUUGCAGAUGAAGCAACUGAUUCUGCUGCUUUUAUCAAAGCCUCAGAAAAUCUGAUAAAGAAACACACUGCUGCCUGCGAGUCAUCGAUUGCCACACAUGAGCCACAAUCAAUGGUAGACAACACAAGUGCCAUUGCCCGUCUUGCCAACCGGGUACUAAUGGUAGCAAAACAAGAGGCUGAUAAUUCUGAGGAUCCUGGAUUUGUAGCAAAAGUCAAUGCUGCUUCUGACCAACUACAAGCUGCUGUAACCCCAAUGGUACAAAAUGCAAAGGAUGUUGCAAUGAACCCAGAUGAUCAGAGAGCCAUAAGCAGAUGGCGACAGUCUAACCAGGCUUUACUGAGUGCAGUUGGUGAAGUGCGUCGUGCAGUAAUGGUAUAUCCUGAUGAGGAACCUAUUAUUCCACCCCCACCAGACAUGUCAGCACUCUCUCUAAGUGCUCCUCCACGUCCUCCUGCCCCACCACAAAUGAUCGACCUUGAGGAUGACAUUUUUAAGGUUGAUUUCAUGAAAAUAUUUGGGGAACCGGAGAGAGCAUUGACUCCUUUGCAGUAUCAGGGCAUCCACAUGCCUGAAAGAGAUCAAGCACCUCCUCGUCCUCCUCUACCUGGUGGUGAAAAGGCACCACCCCGUCCCCCUCCUCCAGAGACAGAUGAUGAGGAUGAGACCAACAUGUUUAGCGAAGCUCCUCUGCCCAGUCAGCCAAUUAUGAUGGCAGCUCAUGGGUUGCAUCAAGAGGUUCGGCAGUGGUCUUCUAGGGACAAUGAUAUCAUCGCAGCCGCAAAGAAGAUGGCACUGCUGAUGGCUCGUUUGUCUCAACUUGUUCGUGGAGAAGGUGGAACAAAGAAGGAUCUCAUAGCAUGUGCCAAGGCCAUUGCCGAAGCCUCAGAAGAGGUUACACGUUUAGCUAAGGAUCUGGCACGGGAAUGUACAGAUAAAAGAAUGAGGACGAAUCUGUUACAAGUAUGUGAACGUAUACCAACCAUUGGAACACAGCUGAAGAUCCUGUCAACUGUAAAGGCAACAAUGCUGGGUGCUCAAGAGAUCCUGAUUGGGUCCAGUAAGUAUGAUUGUUACAGCUUGCAUUCCCUAAUGGAAUGUUUUUUGAUAAUAGAAUUUCUCAGGAAAUCAGUAUUUUUAUUCCUGGCAUUUUUGAGUGACUAAUUUAUUUUGUUAUUUUGUG